AUGUUCUUGAUUUUAGUUCAACAUCUCUAUUAUAUAUUUUUCUUUGUGUAUGCCCAAGCACAGAUGUGUCCAUUUCAAAACACCAUUACAUCACCACUCAAUUUUACAGAGAUGUGCACAUCUUAUGGCGACGUCAUGAUCAACAUUACAAACACCGACCCACCCAUUUUCUCCAUUUCAAAUAACGCGAAUUGGGUGUUGGGAGAUAGUAUCGUCUGUGCAGAAUAUUCAACACUCAAAGUUUCUGACAAUUCGAAUGUUUCAGUCAGUAAGAGAUUCAUUCUACAAGACUCAAGCAAAAUGUGUAUAUUUAACAAUUCACAGAUAACAGUUUCUGAAGAAGUUCGUUUACAAAAUUCAUCGGAAACGACGUUGAACGAAUAUUCCACGUUGAAUAGUUUUAAUCUAUUUUACAUCGAGGGGGAGGCAAUUUUUAGAAUGAACAAUCACUGCAAUUUUACCACUCAAAGUUUUUUAAAAAUAUUAGAAAACGCGACUUUUGUGGCUGAGAACAAGUCGGAAAUAAUUUUGGCGUCGGCUUUGAACAUUUUUGGAUUUGCAAAUUUUUCGUUGGUUUCAGAAACUCAAUUAGAAGCUCAUGGGCAAAUAGAAAUAAACGAGUUGGCAUUUUUUAAAAUGUGUUUUAACGUUUACGUAUUAUCUUAUUCAUAUUUCAGAGUAUUAGAUAAUGCAAAUGUUGAGAUUUGUAAUAACUCGGUACUUCAAAUCAAAUCAUUUUUGGAAAUAAAGGGAAAUACAACGUUUUUAAUUAACUCCGGAUCUUUAGUUAAUGCAACUGAUAGUAUUCGAAUACAACAAGCUUUCAUUGAAAUAAAUUCUUAUUCUCUAUUGAACACUUUCAAAGACAUUGAAAUUACAAAUGUUGAAAAUUUUUAUCUUGAUUCGUCAGUUAAUGAAAACGGUGUUGUUGAAAAUUGUGCAAGCCAAUUUGAAUUUAAACGAAUUGAAUGUGACUCUUUGCGAGUCCGUAAUACACAUUUUCUGAUUUCUGGAAACUCUUUUAUUUCAGCUGAAAACAGUAUAACACUCGAUGAUGUCAAAUUUGUGUUAAGUAAUCGAACAAUUCAAGACUUUCCCAUUAUUAUCACCACUCGAGUCGACACUAUCAAUCUUCCACUUAUUACUUAUAGUGACAGCUUUGACAUAUUUUGUUCAAGAAGUGUUUAUAAUGGGUAUAUCCCAACAGGCACACACCUGUACUUUAAACAACUUUUGAGAUAUGGAAAUUUGACCGACUUCUUUUGUCAUGUUGAGCACUUUGAUUAUAUGAAAAAUGAAUUUAAGUUCACAGAACCAUAUUGUCCACCAAGUUCAAUGCCUUAUUAUUUGACUCCAUUGAAAAACAUCACUUCUUUUCUGUUAACUAUAAAUACGACAAAUGAAAACGGAAAAUUCGAUCAUUACAAAAAGGUGCAACAAAAUAUUUCAAGUCUUAAUAAUGAAAGUGCGAUGGUUGGGACGUUCAAUAUUUUCUUCUGUAAAACAGAAACGUUUGUUCUUGGAAUUAAUUCGAUAUCGAAGCCAACUAUAACACUUUUUAAACUCACUAAAACCGUUCUCUUUAUAUCCGAAAAUUACAUGAAAUAUGGGAAUGUGUAUUUUAAUGCAGCUUUGAACAAUGCGAGUGGAUUUUAUAUAUUGAGUGGACAAAGAUGUGAACUUGGGUAUCGCUAUAACUCUAAAACUCAGACGUGUGAAUUUAUAUAUGAAUGUAUUGACGCAAAUUGCUUGGACUGUUCAUACAAUAGAAGUGUGUGUAUUCAAUGUCCAUAUAAUUAUUACUAUGAAAAUGGAAGGUGUAUAGAAAUAAUUAAUUGUGUGUAUAAA